UCCUCCAGCUGGCACCAUGCAGCUCUCUCUUGCCUUGUGUCUCGUCUGCCUGCUGGUGCACGCAGCCUUCCGUGCAGUGGAGGCCCAGGGGUGGCAGGCCUUCAAGAACGAUGCCACGGAAAUCAUCCCCGAGCUGGGCGAGUACCCCGAGCCCCCACCAGAGCUGGAGAAUAACAAGACCAUGAACCGGGCAGAAAACGGAGGGAGGCCUCCCCACCACCCCUUUGAGACCAAAGACGUGUCCGAAUACAGCUGCCGCGAGCUUCACUUCACCCGCUACGUGACCGACGGGCCCUGCCGCAGCGCCAAGCCGGUCACCGAGCUGGUGUGCUCCGGCCAGUGCGGCCCCGCGCGCCUGCUGCCCAACGCGAUCGGCCGGGGCAAGUGGUGGCGCCCGAACGGGCCCGACUUCCGCUGCAUCCCCGACCGCUACCGCGCGCAGCGGGUGCAGCUGCUGUGUCCCGGCGGCGCGGCGCCGCGCGCGCGCAAAGUGCGCCUGGUGGCCUCGUGCAAGUGCAAGCGUCUCACCCGCUUCCACAACCAGUCCGAGCUCAAGGACUUCGGGCCCGAGGCCGCGCGGCCGCAGAAGGGCCGGAAGCCGCGGCCCCGCGCCCAGGGUGCCAAAGCCAACCAGGCCGAGCUGGAGAACGCCUAUUAGAGCCACCGCCUGCCGCGCCUCCCCAGCCGGCGCCCCCCGAACCGGGCGCCCCAGGUUUCUGCCCUCUGCGCGCGGUUUGAUUGUUUGUAUUUCAUUUUAAAUGCCUGCCACCCAGGGCAGGGGCUCAGACCUGUCUGGCUUCGCAGGAGGUAGCCAGGCCCUGCGGAUCCCGGGUGCCAGCAAAUCCCCACACUCCCCACCCGCCACCCAGGGGGUCCCGCAGGGCAGGGGAGGGAGCUGAGAGUCACAGACACUGAGCCAUGCAGCCCCGCCCACCGGGGCCGCCUACCUUUGCAGGUCCCGCUUGAGAGCAGGCAAAAAAGAAAGCAUUUCACCGCCCUGAGGGGAUUUAGGAAGCGGUGGGGAGUGAGA